CGGGUUUGCGCACGCAGGGGGCGGAGGCGCGUGCCUGUAGUGUGGUCAGAAAGUUGGGACCGACUCCUGGGCACUGCUCCGGCCUGAGAAGCAACAUGGACGAUCUGGACGCGUUACUGGCGGACCUGGAAUCCACCACCUCUCAUAUCUCCAAGCGCCCUGUGUUUUUAUCAGAAGAGACUCCAUAUUCUUUUCCGAGUGGCUAUAGCACAUAUCAGGAGAUCUCAGUGCCACCUGUCCCCACCAGCGAAGCUCUCAAUGGGACUGUAAAUGACUCGAUUGAUUCCUGGAAAAGCAAUUCCUCCAAAUACAUCCAGCAGCAGAGCCCUCUGUACAGUUCCCCUGCCAGCAAGGAGAGUGUGGCAUCCCCUGGUGUUGGAGAAGAAGAGCAUGUGUACAGUUUCCCCAACAAACAGAGAUCUGCAGAGCCGUCUCCCACUGUCAUGAGCUCAUCUCUGGGCAGCAACUUGUCUGAGCUGGACCGUCUUCUUCUGGAACUUAAUGCUGUGCAACAAGUCCCAUCAGGCAGCCUGUCUGCAGAUGAUCUGAGCCGAAACUUAUCUGAACCUGUAGUGCCUGCACCUCUAUACGCUGCCUCAGACAGCAGUAUCACAUCAAGUAUGAAAAAUGUGCCACCCACAAAGGAAAAGCCAAAGCGUAAUGGUGCUCGAGGAAUAGAGGAUGUCCGUCCAAGUGUGGAGAGUCUUCUGGAUGAACUGGAAAGCUCUGUACCAAGUCCAGUCCCAUCAAUAACGGUGCCCCAGGGAGAUAUGAACCACUCUCACAGAGUCACACCUAGCCAGCAGCAGCAGCAGACCCGAAUCUCUGCUUCCUCUGCUACCCGUGAGCUGGAUGAACUAAUGGCCUCUCUCUCUGAUUUUAAGACCUGUCAUACAUUUUCUGAGCCCGUUUCUGAAGUAUGUAAAAGCAGUCUUUCCCAGUCGUCCCCCCAACACUCUCUGUGCAACACUCCAUUGUGUACUGUGUCGAGUAAUGGAAUCCAUGUUCUGCCAAGCUGCAGUCCUCCUGUCCUAUUGCACAUUGAUGAGGAGGAGCGUCCCAUUUCAGUAACGUCUUUAAGCAAAGGACCUACCCCAUUCAUUUAUAGAACAGCAAAGGACUCUGGGUUUAUGCAGGCCAAUAACAUUCAGUCAGUAACCAACACAGAGAGUGCAUCCUGUCCAAAUAUGAACCCAACUUUAUUAGGAUUUGAGAGAAUGUCUGAACUGAAACAAGAUCAGAGAAGAGAAGAUGAUUACCCUCAAGUAUAUACUUAUCAGCCUAUAAUGUAUGGCCGUAACAAGUCAAACCUGAUGGAACAAAAAGGGAAUAUGAAUUUGGACCUAAAGUUAAAUAGUCUAUCAGAUGCCAAAGAUGUACAGUACUCAGUCUGGGAAAAUAUAGAUAUCACUGGAACAGAUGGAGAGGACGUUGAAAAGAAUGGUCACUGUGGUUUGGACUCCCUCGGUGAGCAAGUGGUCAGCAGGUCCAGUGAUGACAGCGGUGGCCAUCAAAUUACACACUCUACUCUGCCUGACUUAAAACCCAUCGGACAGUCUUGGACAAAGGAAUCGCAGCAGACGUUGGUUCCAGAGAUCUCAGCACGAGAGAGGAUCUCAGCUUCUCGGCAGAUGAAAUCUGUUAUUAAAAGAACUAAAGAAACUGCCAAUGUGCACCCAAUGUCUCGGGACCUUUCCCCUCGGCGGAAGUUUGGGCCAGCCAUAUACAACAAGAGCCCCACUCAAGACCGUCUCAUUGAAGAGCUGCAUGGACGGUUUGGGAUAGAAAAGCAAGAAACAUGCAAGACCCCAGAGGAUAACUGGCUGACAGAAGGGGUCAUUAUUACGUCCCGGCCUUCUAAACACACGGAGCUGGAAGAGCAGAGGAUUGAAAAGAUAAUUAUACCUCCAGAUUCUCCACAGCUCAUGAGAAAAAUCCUCCCUGUUACUUCUCCUGGCAUUGUACAGAGAACCAAGCUAGUGACACAAUCUACAUCCCCAGCACAGCCUUCUUCUUUCCCUCCUCCUCCUCCCCCACCUUUACCUCCUCUGUCGACUUCCCUGUCUUCUCCUGUCCUAAGUGUACCUUCUCAGCCAUGGCCCGCCUGGAGCAGAUCCAGUGAUGAUUAUCAGGAUCUGUCUAAGGGUGUUGCUGCUCAAGAAGGCUGUCCACCUCCUGGUCCUGAAGGCACUCUUGCUCGUUGGACCAACUCUACCUCUGCAAUGGGAACGUUGCCUCCUUCCAGGCCCUGCAUCUCAGUUGGCUGCCAAACAGACGACAACCCACUCUUUCCACCAAUUCAGGCAUGAUACUUAUUACGUGUUGGGUUUGCCGUCUGCUACUAUUUUCAUUUCAAGGGUUUUUGACAGUUACCCGCUUUGGUAUUGGUUCCUAUUUAUUGAAGAUUGGGAAGGCACUGUGUGUCUUUUAAAGCCUCAUAUAUGUAUAUUAGAUGCCAAGAAGACCAGUAAGAUUGUGCUUCCAGUAAACUGUCUUGAUUCUAGAUAU